UGACUGUUGUCUCCUUGGCUAACCGAAUAUCACUGUGAAGCUGGCCUGUUGAGUGUUGCCAUUGCCAGCGAGAUCCACAAUCUUGCCCGCAUCGAUCUUCACCUCCACGUUCCCCUCAGCUACUGCUUCCAAGCGCACUAGGUCGCCGUCUAUCGAGAGUAUUGCGGCGUUGGUGAGCGUGAAGGUGCUCGCUCCGAGAGGCUGCGAUGCCAGGACGAAAUUGUCGUCGGCCACAGUCACGGUCACAUUGAACUGUUGCUGUCGUGUUUUGGGCCCAGACGUGGAGGAAAGCGCGAUGGUCGGAGGAAUAGGGUCUGGAGGAGACAGCAAACUGCUUUUGUUGGUUCAUGUGCCUCGUCCCUUACUGACCAAAUUCGACGGUGAUUGUGUUGGAUCGCUGGUUGGUCAGGCCCUUGUUGUCCUCGGCCGCCCUUUCCGCCAGAUACACUUCCACAGUGCCCCCGCCCGUCUUGGCGUUGGGCACGAGGAUUGUACACCUGAAGUCUCUGCCGCUGAUCCGCUCCCACGACGUCACAUCACCCUUCUCCCCAUCCACCAUGAAGUACUGCGUAAAAUCUUUGUUUGUUGUCGUGCUGGUGCUGAACCUCAUGUUGACCGGGAAGCUCGCCGUGUUGACGAGGGAUGAGGCCGUGAGGUCAACUGUCGGAAUCCAGUCUAAAGCCUGGCCAGAACCGAUGUAGUCUACACACACAGACACACGCACGCACACAGAGAGAGACCAGAGACAGUGCGGGUCAACCGAGUGGUGUCUCUCUGACCGAAAGUGACGACAAGCUGCAGAGACUCUUGAUUUGGUUUGCUGGCGCUAUCAACCGCCAGUCCCUCGUUUGCUUUGAUCGUCACAACGUCGCUGCUCGGGGUGACGUCGAAGGAAAAGGUGCUCGGGCCUCCCGUGACGCCUGCAGCGGUGAUGUUGCCGUUGGUGACCGACAGCUUCGUCUGGUCGCUGAUGGUGACAUCUUUGCUGAAUGCGAUGAACACUCGGAAAGGGUAGGCUGCUGUGGUGUCUUGAUUGUCCUGCAAAUACAGCACUGCCGUGGGAAUGGGCGUCGCUGACAAAGCAGACAAUGACAUGAGGCAUCCUGUGUGUGACACUUCUCGUGUUGGUUGUCUCACUGUAGUCGACUGCGAUCGAGGCUGGCGAGUUGCCCCUGUAUGGGACGGCCGCAUCGGCCACGACAUCAUCGCCGAUCGUCACGUUCACUCUGCCCUCGACGGUGGGACUCAGCUCAACUGUCACCUGUGCUGCAACGCACACACGCACACACACGAAUAUUCACGGAAAACAGGGAGUGGAUCUAUCCUUACAAGCCCCCACGAGCACAUUGGAGUACACGACGUCCGCUGAUGGCUGCUGUGCGGGAUUCAGCGCCUCAAUAGAGAGCGUGAGGUCUUCAGUUCUGUUGAAAGUAGCGACGUCAAUGGGCUCCUCCAAAGGUGAUAACAACGGUGAUGGGCAAAGACGCCCACGCCGCCUGGGGAGAGGACAUGGUGGCCGAGAACGGCAGCACGGCUGCAAUAAGCGCAU